AUGGCUGCAUCCGACACAGCGCCGCCAGCCACGACGCUGGAGCCGCACCAGCUAUCAUCCUACCUCCAACCACCUACAGAAGAACAACAACUCACUUACGUCGUUCAACAUUGCAACUACAUUCUUCCCCAACUCGCAUCCGACUCUCUCUCCUCCUCCUCCUCCCUCUCCAGCAAUGCCAACACCCCGCUCUUUACCACCCUCCCCACCUCCUCUGCACUCGAAGCAUACCUUUCCGACCUCACCUCGGCACACGCACAAGCCUCCACACGCACAUCCGACCUCGAAUCGCAACUCCGUCGCCAACUCAUCUCCAGCCUAUCCGGAGUUAAGAUCCUCAAAGAGAAGCUGGCCUCGCUUCCGGAACAUAUCGCAUCGACCGAAGAUAAGCUCUUGGAUCUUUGCGAGGAUCUUGUUGUCUCCUCUGCUCGCAGUGCGGCAGAAUCGAGUAAAACCGGUGUGCAAACGUUGAUGAACAGAUUGGAGCAGCUGCAUACCGCAAUUGCACAGUUGAACAAGGCGAAGGACUACUUUGGUAUUCUUGCUCAGGCGGAGGAUUUGCGCUUGGAGGUGGUAAAGUGCGAUGAAGAGCGAGGGAAGAAGGGGGGGGAAGCGUUGGUCAAGUUGAGCGAGUUAGAUGGCUUAGUGCGGAGGGUUGAGCAGCUUUCCAUUUACCAAGGCGCAGAAAGAGGAAAAGAGCCAAAAUUGGUUGGGUUUCUGCGUGCACAGCGAUCAGCAGCAUUCAAAGCGAUUCGAAAGGCUAGAUGUGGUAGGCUGUCCCAAGCAAUUGCUGCUACUGCAUCCUCGCAGGAGAAAAUCCAUCCUAACAACCCCGACAUCGAUACAAAGACACCUUCGUCGUCCGCAUCUAAGCUCCUCGAGAGCGAACAAGUCAAGCAAACCUGGAUGGAGGUAUGUCAGCUCCAAGAUACAGCCGAACAACUAGGUCUGCUCAAACGAGCAACCGCCAAACCGCGCACCCCUUCUUCCGAUGGGGUAAAAGCAGGAAGCGAGGCCUACCAACCCCUCCUCACAACUCAAUGUCUUAUCGAACCUAUGCUCCUUCGUUUCCGAUACCAUUUUGACGGAGAUCGUUCUACGAAUCGAUUGGAUAAACCAGAAUGGUUUCUGUCGCAUAUUGCAGCGUUGAUCAAGUCUCAAGCUCCCCUCUUCUCGCCUGCUAUUCACAAGGUACCCGGUUCGGGUGGGCCCGUUGUGAGGCUCAAUCGCGCAUAUGCCAAUUCUUCGCCCUCUCACCGCACCUAUCGGCACAUCGAUACAACAGCAGAGCUUUUGCACGGACUUCUCACCCCGCUACGACACAAGCUCGCGUCUACUUUACCGGCAUUACUAGACCAUCCUUCGUUGCUGGCACAUACGAUCUUCCAAACGCUUACCUUCGACGCUGACCUAUCCAGCCAAUUCCCUCCCUCCCUCGCUGUGCUCAAUGGCGCAGGAACACACUCCUUGGCGUCAGACAUCCUCGACAACCCCACAUGCUUCAAUCGCUGGCUCGAAGGAGAAAAAACAUUCGCACUACAACGAUUCGAGCAAAUCAUGGAAAGUUCAGACGCUUGGGCCAUCCGUUCAACCGAUUCCGUCGCCGACGAUGAAACUCAACUCUUCUCCCCCUCCUCUUUCCCCUCUUCGGAAGGUGAAGGUUUUCGUACGACAAAAUCCGCACGUUCGGUAAUCGAAAUGCUCGAUUCAGUCUCGGAGCGAUACCAACCGCUCCCAUCCCUUUCCCAACGACUUUCCUUCCUCGCCAUCGUCCAGUUACCCAUCCUACGAAGUUAUGCACAGAGGUUGACGAGGAGUUUGGACGCGUUCGAAUCGUUAAGUUCUGCUUUUGCUAGGGCUAUGCCGGGCGAAAUCGUUCCCGGUACAACUCCCUCCGGUGCAGGAGGCGAUUCAGAUAUGGUUAGAGGUUUGAGAGGCUUAGGAAGAUUAGUGAAGGCCUUAUUAAGUUCGGAAUAUGUAGGCGGGGAGUUGGAGAGAUGGAGUGAGACUGUUGGGUUUAUCCAACUUAGCGAGCAGUUGAGUAGUACCGAGGAGGGAAGGGGUUUAGCUUUGGGGUUGAAGGAGGAUGAAGGGAGGGAAGAGGAUAGAGAGUUGGAUGCGGCUAGUUUGGGCAUGUUGUUGAGGAGAGGGUUGAAGAGGGGUGCUGCAGUUGCAAGACCUCUCGCCGGUGGUGGAGGAGCAAGUCCCAUCAUCUCGAGUACUGGAGAAGGUGGCUUUGGGACUCCGAAGCUUGGUGAUGUGGGGAAUAAGCAGGUGUUGAAUGAAUUCGGUCGGUAUGGAGUAUGGGAAGAACCAAGACGCAAAUUUGGAGAGAUUUCACAACGUGCUAUUGCAGCUAUCGAAAGAUUGGUUACUACUGAAACGCUCGAAUUGCUCCGUCCCUAUACUUUGCGUAGGUGGGAUCAAGAAUCCCUCCCCUCCACCCCUCUCAACCCUGACUCCGACGAAGGAUUGGAGGAAAUCGAACCGUACCCAACCCCCUCUCUCAUCCCGGCAUUGGCCAUCUUCAACUCACACCUCUCGCAUCUCCUAACGAUUCUCUCCCGAGAAACAAUGCUCCCCAUCUACCGCCAUAUCUCCACUUCUAUUUCGGGGGCGCUAGUGGAGAGGCUUGUAAUGGCAGGUGGUUCGAAAAGGUUUAAUCUAGCUGGGGGUGUAAGGUUUAGGAAGGAUUUAGAAGAGGGUUGGCUAGGGGUGGUGGGGGAGUUAGCGGGAGGGGGUAGGUUGGGUAGGAAGCCGGAAGCGCCGUGGAAAGUGGUGGGGGAUGUGGCGAGGUUACUGACGCUGCCGAGUAGUACGAGUGGUGGUGCGGAGGGGGAAAGCAAGGGCGCAAAGGGGGAGGCAGUGACGCUAGCAAAAGCAGUUGAAAUUGUUUUCCAUGCCGAGGAAGAAGGUAGGAAGGGCGACGAGUAUCGGCAUUUGUUGGAGAAGCUUGGGAACAUUGAUGACGGAAAAGUGAAUGUCAGCGAGGUGCUGAGGAGGAGGGUUGAGAUUUGCAAGUAG